AUGGAUGUUCUACCCAUGUGCAGCAUCUUUCAAGAACUUCAAAUAGUUCACGACACGGGCUAUUUUUCAGCCUUACCGUCUUUGGAGGAGUACUGGCAGCAGACAUGCUUGGAGUUGGAACGCUACCUUCAGAGUGAACCCUACGUGACCACAUCAGACCUGAAGUUUGAUGGACAGGAGGACCUCUGGAGCAAGUUGAUAUUGGCGUGUGGGGACAAGACCAAGGGCGAGUGCGACCCAAAGAUCCCCGUGAUGACUCAUGAUGAGGACAAUCAGGACAGCCCUCUGUUGGACAGCCACAGUGUGCACUCGGAUGCCAGCAGCGAGGCCUCAGACAGUUCGGAGGAGCUCUCACCUACACACAGCUUUAGCUCCAACCCGCUGGGCUCUGUGCUGGUCGGCUCUGGACCUUUUAGCCCGUCUGUCAUCAGCACGCCGCCCUCCUCUCCGGAGGCCCAUCUGGAGACCGGAGCCGUGUCACACGGCUGGAUGGGAGCACAUGGGGAGUUACACCUGCCGGUCAAAAUCAGGAGCGGCGGAAUGACCAAGGGGUCGGAUAAGAACGGACUCAUCUCUGAGGACACAUCUCCAGAUGUCAGGAGGAGGAUUCACAGGUGUCAGUUCAACGGCUGUCGCAAAGUUUACACAAAGAGCUCCCACCUCAAAGCACACCAGCGCACCCACACAGGUGAGAAACCCUACAGGUGUUCAUGGGAAGGAUGUGAGUGGCGUUUUGCACGGAGUGAUGAGUUGACCAGACACUUCAGGAAGCACACUGGGGCAAAGCCAUUUAAAUGCAGUCACUGUGACAGAUGUUUCUCCAGCCCCACGGGACCAGGAAGAGGAGUGUUGAGGGCCGUGGCGGGUCCAGGGCUGGCGCCAUGUUGCUGUGGACUGAAUGGGAUUCUGGGACGAGGAGCACUUGUGUUUCUGCCCUGUGGCAAUGUGAGGUCGGGCAGGAGGCGACCUGCCUGUGUGGCACCCAAACCGGUGGAGCGGGGUUCUUCUCCCACGUCUGCGGUCCUGGUCAGACCGGAUUUAGGGCAGCUCCGAUGCCCUUCAGGUCUCUGUCCCGUUGGACCCUGA